CGCGGCGGGAGCAGCCCGGGGAAGCGCGCGGGUGGCCGCGGCGGGGGCAGUUGGUGGCCGCGGAGCGCUCCCCCCCAGCCCCCGCCCGCCCCGAGGGCCGCCGCCAUGGUGCUGGAGAGCCUGGCCCGCAUCGUCAAGGUGCAGCUGCCCGCGUACCUCAAGCGUCUGCCGCUGCCCGAGAGCGUCGGCGGCUUCAUCCGCCUCACAGUUUCAGAAUGGCUGCGGUUGUUGCCUUUCCUGGGUGUGCUGGCCCUGCUUGGUUACCUCGCUGUUCGUCCGUUCCUCCCCAAGAAGAAACAGCAAAAGGAUAGCUUGAUUAACCUCAAGAUCCAGAAGGAAAAUCCAAAAGUAGUGAAUGAAAUAAACAUUGAAGAUCUGUGCCUCACUAAAGCUUAUUGCAGAUGUUGGCGUUCUAAGACGUUCCCUGUCUGUGAUGGCUCCCACAACAAGCACAAUGAAUUAACAGGAGAUAAUGUAGGUCCACUAAUACUCAAGAAGAAAGAAGUAUAGCAGAUGCUUAAUCCACUAGAUCAUGACUGAUAAAAUGUCUUUUUAUACUGCUGUAGUUGCAAGGGACAGCAUUUUAUUGUGAUUGGUAUGAUUUAGUCUAAUGAUUGAUGUAGAUUUCUUUUUGGAAUAAACUGCAUUUAGACAGUGUUAAAUCUGUCACUGUUUCGAUACUUCAUUCUGAGAAGAAUUAUGUUUGCUUUGUAAAACUGUAACUAUCUGUGUAAAUAAGUACUUUAUUUCAACCGUAAAAUGACUUCCUACAAUUCAGCCUUUCUUGUAUGAACAUGCAAUUAUAAAAAUGUCACUAUUUCCAAGUGACAGAAGCACA